AUGACUACGCAAUUGAAACUAAAGGGGCUGAAUAAUGGUCAUUAUAAAUACAAUGCAGAUGGAAUCAUAAAAGAUAACCAAAGCGAUCUCGAAAUUCUCUUAACUGAGGUAUCAUCAGCAUUUGGAAGUAACGAAGUUGGAAAAAUUAGCUUUGAUCAUUACAAAGCAAUGUUUGGCCAGCUUUCCAUGUUACGAACAGUAGCCCAUAUAUAUGAGUAUGCUUCGUUUAAUACAUUUAAAAAGCUUAAAGUACAUUUUCUCCAUGGACACGGAACCGCAAUUCGCCAUUGGUCGAUGUCUGUCCAGUCACCAGGUAUAUUCGUGAUGAAUAAAGAACAAAAGGUCGAGGUACCGGUGAAAUUUGCUCAAAAAGAUUUGUACUUGCUGGAGUUUAUUGAAUUUUACAAAAGUCUUGCCUUGGCACUUGAGGAUACCACGGAAAUACUUACACAACUAAAACAAGAACAUAAAGAAGUGAAAUCAAGUAAUACGAAUUGCAAAAGCCUUUUGGGUAGCAUUGAUCCGGUCAUAAUAAGGCUCAAUGAAGGAAAACAUUUGGGAAUUGUUGCUGAUGAAGGCCCAAUGAGUGUACCUCCUAGUCCUGACCGUGAUCAAAAGAAUUAG